AUACCUUAUCUGGAACAUAAAUUUUACAGGGAAACUAAGCGGAGCAAAAAUGGAACUCGAAAUUGUAUUCCCUCUCUAGAAGUUUCUAAGGAAAGAGUAUGAACGUCGACUCAUAUUUUCAGCGCAUUUCCUACUGUGGUAGCAGACUUCCAACUCUGGAUACUCUCAAAAGUUUGUCGAAAGCUCACAUUCUAACAGUUCCGUUCGAGAAUUUUGACGUCAUAACUAAAGAAAGCAUAAAGAUUGACGAAGAACUGCUCUACGACAAAAUUGUCAAUCGACGACGAGGCGGCUUUUGCUAUGAGCUCAAUGGCCUGUUUCGAUGGCUCUUGAAGAGUUUAGGAUACGAUGUUAUUUAUCUGGCAGGAAGAGUGUUAAACCGUCGAACCAAAGUGCUUGGUCCAGAGUUUGAUCACAUGAUCUUGUCUGUGGCUAUUCCAGAUCGUCAGGACGAACGCUAUCUGGUUGAUGUCGGACUCCCUAUUUGUGGCGGUUGCCCUCUAUUGAUUGUAGAUGGUGCUGUGGACCGACAGGGUGACCUGGACAUUCGACUGAGAGUCGGAUCAUUGGAUACUUGGUUUCUGGAGAUGAAAGGAAUAGGGUUGUCAUCAGAGUGGACUCUGAGAUAUCAAUUUACGUUACACCCUUGGCAGAUAUCUGAUUAUACGAGUAUGUGUUUGUAUCAUCAAACGAAUCCUAAAGCUCCUUUCACUCAGACACGUUUUGCGAUGAUUGCCUUGAAAGAUGGCGGCAGAGUGGUAUUUACAGACGAAGGUGAGAAGGGUCCGAGACUUGUGGAGACCAACUGGAAUCCUACCGAAAAUCAGAUUGUCAAAACAGAGACGCUGUUAGAGGGACAUCAGGUGACCAAAAUGCUGAAAUGUCAGUUUGGGUUAGAUGUCUAGUUGCAAUUUCUGGCUGGACUGAAUGAAACGGUUGAUAUAUGAUUCAAACACUAUGUAUGACGAAUCAUAAUUCAUAAUCGUAUUGGCAAGAUUCAUCAUUUACAGUGAUUUUUUACUUUCUG